AUUUAUACCCCAUUCUCUCGGCCUAUCUUCACUAUCUCUAAAUUAACACAGAAAUCUCUGAAGAAUAUGGAGAAACUGAUAAGAAGGUUAUCAAGAGUGGCGGAUUCUUCGCAGUACUGUAUGUUGCGGUCGGAGUCAAGGAAGGAGCGGCCUCGUCGGUCGGAGUCGUUCCGAAAAGGUUCCGGCGGCGUACCGAAGGGGCACUUUCCGGUGUACGUUGGGGAGGAGAUGGAGCGAUUCGUAGUGAGCGCCGAAUUUUUGAAUCAUCCGAUUUUUGUAAAAUUGCUCAAUAGAUCGGCGCAGGAAUACGGGUAUGAGCAGGAAGGCGUGCUGCGGAUACCCUGUCACGUGUUCCUGUUUGAGCAGGUGCUUGAGGCUCUGCGAGCCGGCGGCCAAUCACGUGAUCUCCUAGGGUCACUCUCCGAUGACUUGUACCAGUCGGUAAGAUUAGCUGAGUAAAGUAACUAAUUGGAGAAUAUUCUACAGUGUUGAUUUGCCUGUGCUGACCUGACGAUGAUCGUAUAGUUUUCAGAUCAUUGUUUCCCCUCUGUAAAUACAUUGUGUUGAAAUUCUGUAGCAAAAGAAAAUUAGGGUUUUUCCCCCCCUUCAUGCUGUAAAAUUUGAAGACAUCGUAAAAGGAGAGGAGAAAUUGCAAAUUAA